AUGGACCCACGGUUUCAGGGGAAAUAUGUCAGCAGUGGGAAACUGGUUGCAUUGAAAGAGAGGGUCAUCUGCGAAGCACAGAGUUUGCUAGGUGAUCAGGGGAGCUCUGCAGGUGUUGACAAAGCUGUGCCUCAGUCUGCACAAGAGAGUGCCAUAGCAGGUCCUGUGCCCCCCAUUGCUAAAAAGAAAAAAACACUAGCCAGCUUCUUUGUCCAAGAUGCAACCCCUUACUCUUCCUCAUUCACACCUCGCGAGUCCAUUGCGAAUGAAUUGUUAAGCUAUUUAAAGUCUGUGUGUUUGGAGAGUGAGGCAGAUCCACUGCAAUGGUGGCAGGAACAUGAGGUUGCCUAUCCAGCACUGAGCACACUAGCAAGAAAGUACCUCUGUGUGCCUGCCACUAGCAGUCCUUCUGAAAGGAUCUUCAGCUGCAGAUGCACACUAUCAGAGACCAAACAGGAACCUAAAACGAAGUACACGGGUGAUUCUGUGCUUCUGUCCUGCUCAUGUGAAGACCCAAACACCAAACCUAAGGACUUCAGAUGGACCCAUGUAGAGUCCAGUGGCACUGAAGUGUCCAAUGAAACUCCACGAUAUAAAGACAGAGUUCACACGUUUCACAAGACGACUCCAUCAAAUCUGUCUGUGUUGAUCUCCAAUCUGACUGAAGAAGACCAGGGCACUUACAGAUGCACAAUUUACAACAAAAAGUCUACUGACACCAAACUCAUUGUUAAAGGCUGUGUAUUAACUGAACACGACAACACCAAGAUCUCAUAUUUAGGAGAAUCAGUGGUUCUUCCAUGCUCCUGUGAAGAUCCCAAAACCAAACCAGAACGCUUUGAAUGGAAGCGAGCAGCUGUAAAUGAGACGCUGGUUUCAGACACUUACAAGAUCAACGACCGAUUCCAGAUGAUCAGAGAUUCUCCUCAUCAUCUCUCCUUACGGAUCUCAAACCUGACGGAGACUGACGGAGGACUGUAUGUGUGUUCAGUCAAUGGGAAACAAUCCACACACGUGAAUCUCACUGUUACAGAUUUUGGAGAUGUCAGCAAACCAAUUUAUCUGAUUUAUCUGAUCUGUCUGGUGAUGCUGCUAGUGUUCGCAACGGCUGGAUGCAUCUACUGGAAAUGUACAAGAGGAAAGACAGAAAGGAAAGGAAGCCAGCUGAUCCAGAGCUUAGACGAUGAGCAGGAUGAUACGUACACAUCUGUAGUCUACAGUCAAUCUUACAGACCAAAAAUCUCAGCAGAUGAACACUGAAGAGGCGCCAUCUGCAGAAAGAUAAAACACAUUUUUCACAUAUUCAAACACAUAUUUUCUCUUUCUCUCAAGCCUUCCCACAUAUAUUGUUUUUCUAUCAUGAUGACUCCCACUUACUUUUGCAGUUUAAAUAAAUGAAUAAUAUUUUUUAAUUCUUAACCUUAAUGGGUAAUCACAAAAUUAUGUCUUUACGACAGUGUAAAAUUGCGUAAAGGUUCAUGUGAGAGUUUCACAUUUUUACAUUGUCGUGUUUAUUCAGUGUUAUUUUAGUAUGAUUAAGAUACUUAUCGUUUUAAUAUUUAGAAUGUUUUACUUUUUAUAUUUUCUGUUUUAAGU